GUUCUGCUGCUAUUGGUUUACAAGAUUGCAAAACAGAUUCAACCGUUCACUCCAUCUUGCCAAGUUUUCGUUAUUGUUCAUCUCGUUAAGAACUUCUAUACAUCAGUCUCUUAAGAUCCAGCAAGAACUUAAGAAACUCACCUAGCUAGUAGCAGUUGAAGGGAAAUUAAUUUCCUCCAUCAGAAAAAUGAAGGCAGUGAAGAUAGUAGAACAUGGAGAAGCUUCCACUGGUUUAAUCAACCGAGGGAUGAACAAAGGAGUGUCUAUACUGGAUUUCAUUCUGAGGAUAGUUGCAAUCAUUGGUACACUAGCAAGUGCCAUUGCCAUGGGCACUACUAAUCAAACACUUCCUUUCUUCACUCAAUUCAUCCAAUUCAAGGCCCAAUACAGUGAUCUCCCCACCUUCACGUUUUUUGUGGUAGCAAAUGCAUUAGUAAGUGCAUAUCUCAUUCUUUCUCUGGUCAUAUCCAUCUACCACAUUGCCAGGAGUGGAUCUAGAGGCAGUCGUCUUGCCUUGGUCUUCUUCGACUCGGUAUCUCUAGCUCUGCUUACGGCUGGAGCUUCAGCAGCGGCAGCUAUAGUGUAUUUAGCACAUAAAGGCAAUGUGAGAGCGAAUUGGUUUGCGAUUUGCCAGCAAUUCAACUCCUUUUGUGAACGAAUCUCUGGAUCUCUGAUCGGCUCCUUCGUUGGAAUAGUUGUGUUUAUACUACUAAUCUCCAUGUCAGCCAUUGCUCUUUCAAGACGUUGAGUAGUACUUCACAAUCCACAAUGUGUUCCUGGCUUCAAUGUGUGUUAGUUAAGAGUGACACUGGAGUUUGUUUCUAUGUUAUUAAGUUUGUAUCCCUCCGCAAGGGUUGUUAAUAUGUCAAGUGCUUGUGGUUUUCCUUCCAUUAUCUAUGCUUGAAUCCCAUUGUUUGUU